AGACCAGGCCUCUCAGGAGAAACCCUGGGAGAUUCCACACUGUCAGCCCCUUCUCCAAGAUUAGCACGUGGGCCUGACUCCUCCUCGGUGCCCAGCUCUGUACUGGCAACUAGCAGAGUAGCGACCUUGAACUUGGCCUUGAGGAACAGCUGCCUCUAGAGUCGGAUCAGACAAGGGUGCUGAGAGCUGGGGCUCACAACCAAAGGAGAAAUGAGCAAUCUGCGGUCUUCGGAGGAGGAGAAAUAUGAUAUGUCAGGUGCCCGCCUGGCCCUAACACUGUGUGUCACCAAAGCCCGGGAAGGUUCCGAAGAAGACCUGGACGCUCUGGAAUACAUGUUUCAGCAGCUGAGAUUCGAAAGCACCAUGAAAAGAGACCCCACUGCCCAGCAAUUCCAGGAAGAGCUGGAAAAAUUCCAGCAGGCCAUCGAUUCCCGGGAAGAUCCCAUCAGUUGUGCCUUCGUGGUACUCAUGGCUCACGGGAGGGAAGGCUUGCUCAAGGGAGAAGAUGGGGAGAUGGUCAAGCUGGACAAUCUCUUCGAGGCCCUGAACAACAAGAACUGCCAGGCCCUGCGAGCCAAGCCCAAGGUGUACAUCAUACAGGCCUGUCGAGGAGAACAAAAGGAUCCUGGUGAAACAGUAGGUGGAGAUGAGAUUCUGAUGGUCACCAAAGACAGCCCCCAAACCAUCCCAACAUACACAGAUGCCCUGCACGUCUACUCCACGGUGGAGGGAUACAUCGCCUACCGACAUGAUCAGAAAGGCUCGUGCUUUAUCCAGACCCUGGUGGAUGUGUUCACGAAGGGCAAAGGACAUAUCUUGGAGCUCCUGACAGAGAAUGUUUCCAAGGAAGUAUGCGGACACAGAAAUGUCACUUUUCAGAACUAUAAGGGACAUUGGAGGUGGACUAGUUACAACAUCAAAGACAUUUAG